UGCAGUUGUCAGGGGAAUGGCGUCCCUCGAAAGUCCAGUCACUUCGAGGAGUAUAACCAAGAAGACUGACAAAUAAAAUCUAAUUAUUAUAAGCGGACAUUACAAAAUCAUCCUAACAGGGAUUUUAAAGAGAGUGAAUUUCAAAAUGGUGUUUCGACACAACUGCUCGUAUGAUAGCAGAAGCUGCGCAGUUGCUAUAAUCACGCGUCUCGAUGUAAACAAGAGAGUGACAACUGAAAGUGCUGAGUGAGCCACACACUGUCAUGCUACCGCAAGCCGGAGAUCACUAAAGGUGUUGUCUGGAAAAAUGAUGGAACCCCAGGACACCAUUGAGGAGGAUGACAGCCCAUCAGCAUCAGCACCACCAUCAUCGUCAUCCUCUCCGCCACCUCGAGCUCUGCCCCGUCAGCGCGUCUCACUGCAGAAGACCAGCGUCUGCUCUCGCUCUUACUUCAUGGUGGUGAUGGUUUUCUUCCACGUUUACAUCAUAAAUGUCAUUGCACUCCUGCUGUAUGUUCAUUAUAACAACGGCUCUAACGCGAUCUCCGCAAACCGGGAUUUCACAAGCAGUGACAGCAGCAGUCAUAAAGUUACCGGAGCGUCAGACGCGCAGGCCACUGCCGACUCGGGCUUCCCUCGAAAUAUGUUUCUUCCCCGCAUCGAAGGAAUACGGGUGGGCCAUGUCCAAAAAGUGUCACUGGUGUCAGGCAAAGUCCACGAGAUGAAGACCCUCAGUCUAAAGCCUCUGCUGUUUGAGAUCCCUGACUUCCUGUCGGAGGAGGAGUGUGGUGUAGUUUUGCGUUUGGCUCAGCUGAAGGGCUUGAUGGAGAGUCAAGUCAUGGUCCCCGAAGGUCAAGAAGAACUCAAUCAGCAGCUCAACCUCAGUCCUGAGGAAAUCUUCAAUUUUCUUGACCUCAACCAGGAUGGCCAGCUUCAACCUCAUGAGAUAUUGACACACUCUCGAGUAAGAGAUGGAAUCUGGUUAACUUCUGAGAAUCUUAAGGAAAUCUACGACGGCCUGAAAGCUGAUCUGGAUGGAAAUGGUCUCUUGAGUUUAGAGGAGUUUGGGCGUCUGAGAAGUGAUGCUUUUCAGCGUUUUCUGCUCCAGCGCGGAGUCGAGAGGAGUCAGCUGGUGAGAAACAGCAGACAUACCUGGCUCUAUCAGGGUCAGGGAGCACAUCAGGUUCUUCAAGAUCUCCGCAAAAGAGUCACUCUUUUAACUCGACUGCCAUCCUCUCUGGUGGAGUUAAGUGAGCCAUUACAGGUGGUCCGCUACGAGCAGGGCGGUCAUUACCACGCUCAUCAUGACAGCGGGCCUGUGUAUCCUGAAACAGCCUGCACACACACUCGCCUCGCUGCCAAUACCACCUCUCCAUUCCAGACGUCCUGCAGGUACAUCACAGUUCUGUUUUACCUUAAUAAUGUUCAGGAAGGAGGCGAGACCACCUUUCCAGUUGCAGACAACAGAACUUAUGAAGAAGCGUCUCUGAUACAGAAUGAUGUGGAUCUAUUGGACACCAGAAAACAUUGUGAUAAAGGCAACCUGAGAGUGAAGCCUGUGAAGGGGACAGCAGUGUUCUGGUACAACUAUCUCUCCGAUGGUAGAGGUUGGGUGGGUGAACAGGAUGAGUAUUCUCUUCAUGGUGGCUGUGUGGUGACACGGGGGACUAAGUGGGUUGCCAAUAAUUGGAUCAAUGUGGAUCCAGACUACCAGCGGCAGGCACGCUACCAACUGCUCGUUUCUCAACAAGAGUCCCAAGAGCAAGAACAACCGAACUUAGACCAGCACAUAGAAGCUCACCAAGACCUGUAAACAGAAACACACACACACACACACACAAAUCCAGGUACGGCAGUGCACAUAUAUACACAUUCACUACCGUGUUAUGAUCUACUACAGUAUAUAUAGUCAUCCACUUUCUCCUUCACAUCCAGACACAGUUUAAUUCCAGCAGAAAAUCACUACACACAUGCUGGUAUUGAUGGUUUACAAGGACACUUUUUAGGUAUAUAUUUUAUACUGUAAAAAAUGCUUAUUAUAUGGCAACUAAAUCCUUCCCUCACAGGAAGCAUGUGGCAAGUUUUGAAUGUCAAAAGACUUGAGUAUGAUUUCAAAGCAUUUUAAAUUAUGAGGACACAAGGUAUGUCCUCAUAAACCACCUUAAUAGGGUACAACUAGGUCAAAUUCCCAUGUCAUUAUACAUAUUUUUGUCCUUGUAAACCACCAAAACCAGUUCACACACACAC